GCAACGGGCCUAUCCGCAUCAUAUCAUACGGACAGAAUUCUAGCAUUACGACACACCAACACAAAUCUAUCAGACUGUCAUAAACAGAUAAACUUGAAGAAUGUUAUCAUUUCGCCUCAACUGCGCGGGAUAACUUGACGAGAAAAGCAAACACUGCUGGUUGUCUGACUUGGUGGAGACUUUGGGUGUACAGUCUGGUUGUAAAAGGGCCUACUAGCUGACCCAACCCCACUGUAUUUCAAUAACAAUGUCAUGCCGAUUGCACAGUGAGUGCUAAACGAUCUUACCAGUUAUCAACUCGGCUAGUCUUGACGACAGUUUUAUAUUAGUCAUCUUUGGAGUACGGAGGGAUUUUUUUCUUUAAGAUGAUGGAAGUGAUGCAGCCAUCAACUCCUGAGAUUUACAUUGAGCAGGAGGAUAAUAAAGGAGAUGGCGGCCAUCGUAUGGAGGUAGAUGAAGGCGAAUAUGAAGAAGUUGGCAGAGCUUUAAUCAGUGGUUUGAACCCCGUGGAUUCGGUGAUCUUAACGGCUGACAGAGGCUACCUUCUAUGGACCAAUCCAAGAGGAUCCAUUGAGGUCAAAUUCAAAUACGGUCGCUCGGGGGAAGAUUUCAACUGCUUCAUCGACCCCCAGCACCAGGGCAUCAUGAUCUAUGAAAUGCGUGGUAACUACCAGAAGGAGUUAGUUGUUGACGGUCGUCAACCAAUCUCUAAAAAUACCAACCCACAUCAUCUCAAAUCAAUGGGAGUUCGUCGUGGGGAGAACAACUUUGAAUUCCGCUCAAAGAAAAGCGAAGUGAGGCUUGUGUUGGAGACGGUGCGAGACAUGCCAGCGCUCCAGGCGUUCAAGUUCAACUAUGUGCUAACAUUGUAACAGAGCCCCACUCUGCAGAAUUCCAGAUAUUUAUUAUCAAUUAAUUUCACUACUGCUUAAAAUUAUUAAUUUAAAAUUUUUUAAACAAGCUAAGCUUAUCAGUGACUUUAAUAUAAGUAUUUAAUUAUCAUUACAUUUAAUAAUAUUAAAGGUGUAAUAUCCAGCUGGUUAUGUCGCUUUGUACCUUCCGUGGUUAGAGCAUCAACUUCUAACCUUUGACAUUAUGAUCACAUGACUGCCAUCAUGAUGAUGUUGUUUUAGCGACCUCGCCUGCUCAUAUAAGAAGCACACUUGGUCUUCGCGGAGCAGUCAAAAGCCGAUGCGUUCGUUUAAUUAUGUAUGGGCAUGUUUACUAAAUAAGUUUUCGCUACAAACAAUGUUUUUGGAAAAAGACUCUUUAUUAUUCGUUGCACAACAAACUUUGCCGUUCGACGACCAAGAGGGCAUAGUCUACCAAAACAAAAUUUGUAUAGACAUUAUAAUAAACAGAUAAUUCAUAUAGAAAGAUUUGCUAAAAAACAUUUGAUAAUAAAUAUUUUAAAUCAAUAAUAUGUAAUUAAACAAAACAUUAUUUCAAGACGCAAACUAUCAGGACUGAACGAAUUCCAAAUUUAAAGCAGAAGGGGAGAUGAAGUAGAUGUACACCCCUAAUGCCAAAAGGAAAUACCCAAAUAAUAUAUUUAGCUAUUUAGCAGCUAAAGGAACAACAGCAUACUCUAAUCAAUUAUUCAUGUAAAGACUUAGCCACUUCUUAAAUAUAUUUAAAAAGAGAUAAGGGAUAUAUCCCUUGUUGGUUGUUGUUGUUUGGGUGAAUCUCAAGUGUUUGAAUGAAACGAUGCCAAAUUGUUCUUUGCAAAUAAACUUUUGAAGUGUCACUUCAAAUUUUCGCAACCUUUUUUGACUUACUACUAUAACUACUAAGGAUGUAUAUGAAUAAUCCUUUUUGCACAAUUAUUUCAGUCGAACCACGCCCAGUUUUCCAGUUGAGAAGUGUUUGAAUGAAAUAUCUGGACAAUGCAAAUGCCUUAAAACACAACUAAAACAAGGUGACUAGUUGAGUAUUGCAUACUUCACUUUUAGAUGUUAAUUCUUCAGAUUGAUUUAUAUUAAAUAUAUUUAUUAUAACUAUGUAUAAAGUGUUAUGUAGAUAGAUACAUGCAAUUUGCAAGAGCAAUACACUUGUCCAAGUAUCUAAUCAUGUAGAAUGUAGAAUGCAUUUGCACAAUAUUACACCGGCUUACAUUUGAAGCUCUGAUAAUGAGCUAAUUCUUGCCGCACAGAAAAAAAGCAUUAAAACAGUUGCAUAUUUGUGUUAAUAAUCCAAAGUAGUUACCUGAUUGUUGUUAGGAAAACAUUUUUAUUUAAUUUUAUAACACACCUAUUGCUUGUUCUGUAUUCUGGUUGGCUGAAACACGGUCACGU